AUGGGUGAAUCUCAAAAGUUGGCUAGUAUAUGGGAUCUUCCAUCAAAUAUACUUAGAGAGAUAUUUGUUGACGAUGCUAAAUUUUCAUUUGAGGUUUUGAAAGAACUUUAUCAUGUUGACAAAAGAUUUGGUCCUAUAUUAGAGGCUUCAAUAGCUAUAAUUACAAAUGAUUUUAAUAUGCCUCAUAAAGCUAUGACAGUUUUAGAUGGCCUCCAGGACUUGAAUUUCGACGCCUAUGAUGCAGAAACUGUACGAGAAACUCAUUUGGUUCAAUAUUGUUUUGUUUAUUAUAUGGUGAAUCCACGAUUGAAAUCAUUUGCAAAUUGUUUAAAAAAUGUUCCAUCUCCAGUUAUGGCAGCUACAAAUCACAAAAUUCAAGUAUUCAAUAAAACUUUUGAACCAAUGGUAUCAAUACGACGUGGAGUAGCACCCCAACCGAUAAAAAUGUGCAAUAUAAACCACAGCAAACCAUGCCCAAGUGUACUUAAAAACCUCAAUACAUUGGAAUGGAAUCAUUUUAGUUUCCAUAAUUAUAAUGUUCCUGACUCGAAGCUCAGAACUAUAUCUAGUGAUCAUUUGACCAUGAUGAAGAUUGAACUAGAUACAUCUGGUGAUGCCAAAGAAUAUUAUAAGUUUGAAAAACUUUGGUUCCCAAACUUAAUAACUUUUGAAAUCGAAGUUCCCCAAUAUCCAAAAGAUUCAUUAGUUAAAUUUAAGAAGAGCUAUGAAUAUCAAUUCUAUUAUGAUUAUGAAUAUGAAGCUCUGCUCACACCAAGGAAACAAUUUUGCAAACUAUCGUUCAAAUCAUGCAGCUUUCCCUAUUUGAAAUCUUUUGAACUAAAUUCAAAUGCUAAAAUUGAAUGUAUAUCAAAUUGUGAGUUCCCAAAACUAGAAAGUUUUUGUUUUAGCAAUAAUUUUUUACUUUUGAUUGAGCAUACCAACUUCGAGACUUUAGGUGAGCUGGUCAUUUCUUCAACAAUUAAUCUGAUGGAGGUUUUUUAUGGCGGACGCUUAUUAGAAGAAAGUCAGUUCGAUAUUAGAGGCCUUGAAGGUAUGGUAAACAAGUUUUGUGACAUGCAUGGUGUGGAAAAAUCUAAAAUUGAACAUGUCCCAUCAUUUAUAAUUGAUGAUGUUAAAUUCGAUUCACUCGAAGACUUACAAGUUCCACAUUAUAAUUCUUUAUUAGGAUUUGAUGAAGGUUUUUUAAGUGAGAAGUCAAUUGAACCUACGAUAUAUCCUGAUCCGCCCUCGGACUAUAUUGAAAAGCCAAAAGUAAACCAGAAUAGAAAAGCUUUUUCAAAGUCAAAAAAUUUUGUCGAUGCAUGGUGA